AUGGAUGUGCACACCUACCUGCGCAGACCCGGCCCCUGCUGGCAUGCGUUAUAUGGUUACAAUCCCGAUAUCGACAACCCAAUUCGAUACCUCAGCUCUCUCGGCUACGGCCCCAAUGCGAGUGGGUUCGACAUGCCCGAGAUUCUCAACGAGACUGAAGCACGCAAGCGAGUACAGUACCUAUCGACGUCGAUCGCCACUUUGUACAGGUCAUUGAAAACAAGGAUCGAGCAGCAAAAGCAGACAAUUCUAUCCACAUGGAUGAACGAGCUCAGCGUCGCGGAUCGACGGGAAAUUGCAAAUUCUGCAUGGGGUUCUGCGCUGCCAGAGAACCACCAACCCGACCUUCACAUUUUAUGUCAGGCUAUGAGCGACGUUACCGGCACAGGCGUUAAGCUGGAGGCUUCUGGGCAUAAACCAAUAAGUAAAAAAAUCGAAUCUUUCCGCUUCCCGUUCCUGAACAUCAAAGACCUGGCGAUAUACCCAUCGAACCUCACCACCCUCCUAACCUCGCGAGCUACCGAGGACCCCAUUGCGUUUUGGCGUUUGGACCUAGACGCUGCAUACAUGGGACGCCAGAUCAGGGCUGUCAACGGACCUUUCUUGGCGAGAUACGUCGUCAAGUUCAAUGGAACAAGCAAAAGUGAAGACUACGAAAGCACGACUGGGUACACAUAUGAGAAAGGCGCCCAGAACACGUCUUCGGCUCUCCUAUCCAUGGAAGCAUUGGACGACAACGUUCCUGUUUGGGAGAUGGUACUCAGAGAGGUUGUGGUCUCUACCAUAGAGUCCAUUGAAGUUUGGAAGUGCAUCAAGGAGACCACCACAAGGCUCCGUUCUUGCGCCGAUGCGAAUCGAGGUCUCCUAGACCCCAACGGAGACCUUCCGGAGGAAAUGGAAGAUGAAUGCUUAUAUUCAGUUUUUCUCCUCAAACGAGCCGCCGUCACCAUGCUGGAUCGACUCAACGGAGGGGAGAGGGUAUUGUCUUUCCCCGCGCUGAGACGACAUUUCAUCCCAAGUUCCAGAACAGACGUUAGUAUCACCUCACGCAAAGCUUCAAGCUUCAAACUCAAGCCUAUUGGCCAACUAAAGAGAGGACAAGCUGAAGUCAUCAAAAUCUUGAUGGUCAUGCUUAGUCCAGGGAGUACAGGCCAACGAAUGAAAGGAAAGGGGAAGGCCAAGAGCGAGGACACAGGCACGACUGCUGGGGCAAGAUACAAGGAGACAGCGUUAGAUCUUCUCGGACCUUCGGUAAUCCAGAGUCUAGGUGGCGCCCCCACCAAAGGCAAGUUCGAUCAAGCAACGACUACCGACAGCAGCCAGGGCGAGAGCGAACUUGAUGCCUUCUGGGCAGGUUUAUAUGAGGAAUUGAAAGGCGAGAACUGCUUGUCGGCAUACUUUCUCGACUUAUGGGACAGCCAAAUCAUCCGAAGGUCUCCCAAGCAGGAACAACAACACGAAGCUGUUUCCCUGAAUUUCGUUUCGGACGAGCCCAAGGACAAGAAGAAGACACGAGGAGAAGCAUCUGCCACCGAAGCUCAAGCUGCUUGCCUGGGCCGCGUUGCUGAAGAUGCAGCCGACGAAGAUGACGAUCGGGAAGCUGCGGAUAGCGACGCCGAAGAUGUUUCCGAGUCUUCCGACGAAGGCGCCGAAGAUGCUGCACCUGCUGUGGAGUUCAAACUCACCCCUAAAAGCAUGGAUGUCGCGGAUUUUUUGUUUAUUCAACAAGGCCCCGCCGCCCACCGUGCUGAGAUUGAAUGGCGCGACUUCCUACGCCUGAUCGCGGAAAUGGGGUGUAGAGGAGAGCGUCCGAUGGGCGCAAGUUGGCGCUUCCAGCCCAUGGAGGGUUCUCCUCUGUAUGGAGAAUCGGGACUGUUUCUACACGCCCCCUAUGCCUCGCAGGAGCUCGUCUCCCAAUUCAACAAGCUCCUCGGCGACGCCUCGAUCUUCGGGCUCCUGGUGACCAUCUCGGCCGAGGCGCUGACGCCCGUGACGACGCUGCCGAGCACCUCGUCGUCCGACUUCAGCGCCAACCUGGCGCAGCUGGCGCCGCACCUGCAGCCGAACGAGGCGCUGUAUAUCAUCCUGCGGCGGCACGACAGCGCGCCGCACCUUGCGGCGGUCACCUACGUGCCCGACGCGGCCAAGGUGCGGCAGAAGAUGCUGUUCGCGUCGACGCGGCUGACGCUCGUGCGAGAGCUCGGGUCAGAGCACUUCCGUGAGACCAUCUUCGCCACCACGGCCGAGGAGCUGAGCCCCGCCGGCUUCGACAAGCACGACCGCCACACCGCGCUUGACGCCCCGCUGACCGAGGAGGAGCGCACUCUGGGCGAGGUCAAGAGGGCCGAGGCCGAGGCGGGGUCCGGGACCGGCGUCAGGGAUCUGAAUAUGAGCCAGAACAUGUCCAUGCCCAUCGAGGCCGACGCGCACCAGGCGUUGAACGACCUGGGGCGGGAGAUGGGGCGGGUGCUGGUCAUGCUGAAAAUCAACCCUGAUACCGAAAUCGUCGAACUCGUGCCAGACUCCCCGGAACCAACAACGAUCCCCGAGGCCUUAGCCGCCAUCUCGACGACGGAGCCACGGUUCGCCUUCUUCCGGUACCAGUGCUCCCGGGAUGGGGUCGACAAGAACGUCGUGCUCUUCUUCUUCACGAACCCGGCGUCGAGCGGCGCCAGAGCCAUCAAGGCGCGGAUGCUGUACCCGCUCCAGAAGCGCGCGGUACUUACUACGGCCACAGAUGAGUGCAGGAUCAAGGUGGAUGUGAAGUUCGAGGUCGAGGAACCGGCCGAGAUCACGGAGGAGUCCGUCAUGUCGGAGUUGUUCCCCAAAACGGAAACCAAGACGGCGUUCAGGCGUCCCAAGAGGCCCGGUCGGUAA